UUUCUCCGUUCAAGCGAUCGCCGCUUCACACAAUAGAUACCACACCAGCAGUGCUUGACACGUGUUCAAAUAGAUUAUGUCCAAGAUUUGUGAUGUGAAAUGUUCCAAAAGAGCAGGCUACAUCACCCGGCGCCCUAUUACCGCCUUUUCUGCUGUGUAGUAGCGUGUGAUGAGAAGUGAGUGCGGAAAGAAGGCUCCGGCGUCGUUUCGUCGAGCGCCGCUGCACCUCCGCCGCCGGUGUGACCGUGUGCGGAGACAGACAUGAGCUGAGAAGAAGGAGGUCCGAAAUCGCCGCAGGGCGGGGCCAUGGGCCACUGGAGGCGACUGUUCCCCACGAUCAUGCGCCUGUUGCUCCGCUGGCUCCGCCUGUGCCCUAGGUGGGCCCGAGGCCACAGAUCGGCGCAGCUUCAGGAGCUGUGGAGCUACAGCCGGCUGCUGCUAAAGUCGCUGUGCUUCAACAGCCUGUGCAGUUCUGACGUGGUCCUGGACUCCGUCUUCGAACCUGUGUACUGGCUUGUGGACCACUUCACCCGCUGGUUCGGGGUGUUGUUUGUCUCCCUGGUGAUUCUUCUCACAAGCUCUGUCGUUCUCAUCGUUUACUACUACGUCCUGCCCAUGAUCAUCAGCAGCUACCCAACCCCCUGGAUUGCUUGGCACCUCUGCUAUGGACACUGGAACCUCGUCAUGGUCGUCUUCCAUUACUACAAGGCCACCAGGACUGACCCAGGUCACCCCCCACUGAUCAAAAAUGACACGCCAUCAGUGUCCAUCUGUAAGAAAUGCAUCAUUCCCAAGCCACCCAGAACUCACCACUGUAGUAUCUGCAACAGAUGUGUGCUGAAAAUGGAUCACCACUGCCCCUGGCUGAACAACUGUGUGGGUCACUUCAACCACCGCUACUUCUUCUCCUUCUGCCUCUUCAUGACCAUGGGGUGCAUCUACUGCAGUGUGAGCUGCUGGAACAUGUUUGUUGGGGCUUAUAGUGCCAUAGAGAGUUACUACCAGACUCCUGAGCCAUCCUUCAGCUUCCAUGAGAGGAUGUUUCACAAAUGCAUCAUCUAUGUGUGGGUGCUGACAAGCUCAGUGGCAGUAGCUCUUGGAGGUCUCACCCUGUGGCAUGCAGCGCUCAUCACCCAUGGGGAGACCAGUGUUGAGAGACACAUUAACCGUAAAGAGUCACGACGCCUAAAGGACAGGGGAAAGAUUUUCCAGAAUCCAUACAACUAUGGGAGAAUGCAGAACUGGAAGCUCUUCUUUGGUGUUGAGAAGUGCAGCCACUGGCUAACUCGCUUUCUCCUGCCCUCGGCCCACACCCCUUAUGGGGACGGGCUAGUGUGGGAGUGGUCUGUGAACAGAAGUUAUCCGACUGCUAUCUAGACGUCAACAUCUGUUCCUGUAGGCCAGUGCAACCUCUAAGCUCCCCGAGCCACAGGACAAAUGGUGAAAAAGCAGCACCGAAAAGUUCUGCAAACAUAUAUGGAGGGAUUGUGUGAGAACACCUGCUUUCAUCUGAAUCCUAGUCCUUUAGGGUCAAACUGACCAGUGCAAUGUCCUUUGUUUGUGCACCACUGAUACAUCGAGAAUUGGCACAUCGCUGUAAAUUGAUGCAUCUUUCAUGCUGCAAAGAACACAACUGAGGGCCUCUUGGAGAGGUCUAGAAGCUUUGACUCUUGACUUACUGUGAAAGCAGGAAGCUACUCCAGCGGGGGUAAUUGGUGCACCAACAGAGCUGCUGCAGAACAGGAAGUCAUCAUUGGCAGCAUAAAGAAUGAAUUCUGUGGCUGCCUUGACAAGCUACGCUCUGCUCUGGGACCUGUGCAUAUUUGUACCUGUAUCUUUCGUAGUUUUGCUUUUAAAUGUUUUUAAUAAACAUUUAUAAAAUUUUUAUAUAUGCAAAAAACUCAC